GACGGAAGAAAUUGGCAUGGACCCUACCAACCUUUCUGUUUCAGUAUCCAAAAUAGCCACACAUCAAGUAUUCUCCUUGAGAGAGAGAGAAAUAUCAGAAUUUAAGAAACUGAGAAAGGAUAACUUAGCACCAAGUGUUUAUUUUCUUGUUUAUUUCAAGAAAAUGGAUAUAAAGUCUAAACAAAACUCGAACUUGUUUUUGAGAUGAAGCUACAAAAUUGAUGAAAUAAAUGGAAAGAAGAUAGGAUUGAAACCUUCUUUCUGAAAGAAAAAUGAUGAAAUCGAUGCUGAAGUUUGGAUGUACCAUGCCUGCUAGCUAGAUGAUGUCCAGGAAGAUGAUGAAUUGUUGAUUGCACUCUUGUGACACAAUAGAUGAUCUCCGCCUUCUACCUCUUCCUCAAGCUGCAAUGUUCCGAGAGGACUCCCGGUCAUCUCCGCGACCGAAUAACCUUUGUCUUUGCUAUAUCACUUGUGCUAAAGUGAAGGAGAGAAUCAGGACUCCCAGAAGCGAGCAUCCAAAGCCUGACCAGAGCCUCCAUAUACCCCCUCUCUAAACUCGUCCAUCACCGACUCUGCACACCAUUGAAUUAAAUGUACACAAAACUACUACAGAUAUCAUCUCUCUUGCAAACAAAAAACAAACCUAAUCAUCUAUAUACUUAACAAUAUAAAUUUCACAUAAUCAAAAAAUUGAAUAUUCUUCUAUAUAUAUAUAUAUAUAUAUAUUUGUUCAAAUUAAACUUGUCUUAUUAUCUAUUGUAUUUCAUAUCUCCUAAAUGUACCUCUAGUGCUUCUAGGGUCUUGAUCAAUGGCAAUGUAAGCAUAACUAUUUAUGUUCGUGUAGUCAUAGCCUCAUAGGUUUGGUUAUUAUAGUAAGGAGAGUAAGCAUGUGAUAAUUCGAUGAACUUGAAAAUUUUGUAAAAUGAACAUGCAGAAAAUUUGAAAUUUUUAAAAAAGUUGGCAAGAAAAAUGUGAAUCUCUCUCAUUCUCAAUUUUUUAGCAUUUCUAAUGUCAAGAUUCAUUAGAUCAAUAUUCCCUCAUGGUGCAGCUCAUUCCAUAACAAAUCUUUGGGAAAGAUUCUAAUUGUUUCCUUGCCAUUCUAAUUACCGAGUAUUAGUUUAUGAAGAGAAACAAUAUAAAAAGUGGAGUUGACCAUCAAAUUCUCCUGCCAUAUGAACAAUGUCACAGGUGACAUCAAUGCUAUAGAAGUUGCAAGCAAAGUGAAUAAUCAAGCCAUUUUUGCAUUAAUACCUUGAAUUCAUGCCUAACCAUAUUAGAAAAAUAGAAAUCAAUUAAUUAAGCUAGAGAUUUGGGAAGUCAAAAUAACCCACAAAGGAUCAUCACAUUCAUCUUUCUUAUUGUGAAGAAUGUGAACAAAUACUUCGAGUUCAUACCUGUUUAACAAAAUGAGUUAACUCAGGUUAAUGAAAGAGUCCAUCCUUGUGGGAACGAAAUUAUUCGAGCUACAAUGCCAAACCACCAUCCAUGUCUAACCCGAUUUUGUCUAACUCUAGGAGUUCCUUUCACUUUUCAAUAUGGGUUUCUAUAUUUUCUUAAUCUCUGACUGCAAAUGAUGAUGGCAUUGUGAGUCCGACGCUUCCAUCCGUCCUCUCUGCAUGGUUCCCCCCCCCCCCUCUCUUUGAGACCACUAACCACAAAUUGCAAUCAAAUUUACAUACAAUCUAAAUUAUUCGACGGCCAUGAAAACCUUACUUAGCGAAAAAAUAUUAUUAGAAAAGAGUGAAAAGAGAUCAAUACAAACCAAAAAAAAGAAAAUAAAAAGAUAAGGACCCAAAUUAAAAGCCUUAGAGAAUACAAAAAAAAAUGAACUAACAAUCACCACUACAAAGCAUGCAAAGUUCCAUAAACUUAAAUGUCAGAGGCAAAUAAAGAAAGUAAGCUUCAAUGAAUGUAAUGAAAGGAUCAUAUUAAAUUUCAGUUUCAGUUUUACUUAAAUCUAACAUUAAAGUGUUGAAGCAAAUUCUCACCUCCUUCAGAUUCCCCAAUUCGCUUCUUUGGAUGCACCUGCAAAGUCACAAUUAUCAUAUUUUUACAUGGGAGGGUUGCAUUAGAUGCUUGACUUAAAUGGUUAAAUACUCUCAAUUAUUACCGGGAAUUGUAUUAUCCCCAUACCAUACCAGAUAACACAAACUCUAACAGGGACAUAGCAUUUUUUGAAACUCAUUUGAUAAAAACAGAAAGAUGUAUAGAAAUGAUAUCUUGAAUGAGGCCAACAUGUAGGACUACUUUACCUGAUGAGGUACCUGCUUUGAUUUUGGAGAGGAGGAAUAGAACAUCUGGUGAUCUCAUUUUGAUGCUUCUCCUUGCAAUCACGAGGAUCAGUCAUGGUUUUUCCAUUCUCUAACUGCUGCUAUAUCAAAUAAAUAAUGGAAGGAGGAAUCUCCAGUUGCUGGAGCAUAUUAUUGCGCAGUUUAUAUGACAUCACUUUCUGGACCAGGAUUUCAAGUAUGUGGCUAUCAUAUGAAUCACUUGAUAUCCUAUCAUGCCCAUCUUUCUUUGCACUGAAUCUAGUAAGACACCAAUGGCUGAUUAUGAUGAUAGACAUUAUUCUCUCUUUGACUUUUCUUCAAGUAAAAAUUCCUCUUGAUAUCUCCAAUGUGGUUUAUCAGUGAAUACUUCACUUUUUUCUAAUGGCUGUGGAGGAUUUGAGAAUUGCAGAAAACAUUGGAUGAGUUUCAAGAAGAAAGAUCAUCUUAAUUUCUUCUUUGUCCAUGUGAGUUAUCUUACUCCAUCAAAUGAAACUCAUAAUAGAAUAAAAAGGAGUGACCUUGUCCUUUGUGCCAAAGAAAAAUGAAACAAAGAACAAGACUAAACUGAGUUUUGCAGUCUUCUUCAACAUUUGUUAAAAAACUAUCAAAUUAAUCAAAAAUACAAAUAGUACUCACAAAAAACCCUAAAAUUGGAUUUCAAGAAAUAUAAUAGAGCGAAGAGAUUAGGGAUUAAUAGAUACCUAAUCAGUGGAGGCGACAUUGCUACGGAGGCUUGAACUGGGUAGGCAAGUUAACGUAGAAAAAUUUCUUAAGUUUUUGGGCAGCGGCAACUCUAUCGCUGUUGGAAAUCUAGAGCGGCAGCCACAAGUUGCUAUGCACAUCAGUUCAAUACCUUUUAUGGAUCUGCGUGCUUUAUUCUUCAUCGGCUCAAGGUGGGAGAAGGCAUUAUAAUAAACUGCUCACAUUUUUGGCGAUUUCAUGACAUUUUUCUUAAAGUAAAAAUAAAUUGUAAGAAACUGUUAAAGCCUUUAACAACAACACUAAUUAUAAUAGUAUAACACACAGUAGGCAAAAUGAGAUAUACAAAACAGUCACUGAAAAGUACAAAGUGCAAAGGUAUAUCUCUUUCACAUAUCCCUUAAAGUUUGCUAUCUCUAACCAAAUCUUGAUAAUAAACAAAGUCCUUAAGUUUAAAGGCUUAAAUACUAAAAGACAUUAACAUGCAUUUACAACAAAAAAAACUAAAAAUAAUUUAGAAAAAAAACGGAAACAUUAUUUAGACCUUAACUUAUACGGAGUACUUUAUACUGCAUGUCUGCAUAUACACUGAUCCUUGAGUUACAUAUUUGUAGUUUAGGACAAAACUCAUAUUGAGAUCUUCAAUUAUGAUUCUAAACAAAUUGAAGAAAAAAAAUAGAUCCAAUUGAUAUUCGAAGUGUAAAUAUAAGAUCUUUCAAUAAAAUAACUAAAAUAAAAGUUUCAAAUUGGUCACCUUUGAACAGACACUUCCGGAUCCAGCUCGGAUCUUCAAGAUUUUUUCAAUUUGCCACAUAAUUACUAUCAUUGUCCUUAAUACUCCGAUUUCAGCCUGCUGAUCAUGAAACUUGCCGGUAUUUGUCGGUAAUGAAGGUGUCACUGACAAGAUUUUCCUCACCUUCGGUUGAUGAAUAAUAAACCUGAUCCUUU